GUUGGCAAGCCCCAAAAGGACUUUCCGCCCCCUCCAUAUCCUUGAUCCAGCAACCUUCACAUUACAACCACAGAGCACGGGUGAUUCUCUGAAACCAAGUAACCGGAUUCCCCUUGAAAAAAAAGCAGAAAAAUGGACGCACACCAGAUGCUGUGUCUGGCGACACAGACCGUAUUUUGCGCUGGGCGACUUGCUUCUAGGACCAUAGGAAACCCCGGUUGCUACCGCCGCCCAUUCUCAGCAAAGUCAAGCACUCUGCACCGUUUCUUGCAGGGGAUGGGUUUUCCAAGCAGUCUGUAUUCGUGUCUUUGACCUUCAGGCAGAUAUUUCGACUUCUCAUAACAAAUGUAGGGGACCACAACCGCAGCCGGCACACCGCGGUCAGCACAGCCAGCCCGUCAUCGCACAGUCAGAGGGGGCCGUUGCGGCAAGCCAGAAACGCUUGUCUACAAAGAUAACAGGCCUGAACGCGAUUUCCGCAGUUUUAUUUCCGAAAUGCCAGUGCAGAGCGAUCCGUGGACUGGGUCGCGACCCUUCCCUGUUUCGCUUCUUGAAGCCGUCGGGCGUCACUGCAGGUGAGCCACUGCGCGCGUGACCCCCCUUGGCGGCGCGGCUCUAUUCUGCACUGAGCUCGGACGUUUCUCUACUGGGACAGACUGCUUCUUCUUGAGAUACAUCUUUGUUUUUUCGUCACCCUUUUCUGCCGACUCAGGGGCUACGCAGUCGGGAGAUUGGAAGCGAGUAAAACGACCGUUCAUGGCAAGCCGGGGACGUAAAGGCGAGGGGCGGCGGCCUGGGCGUCGUAGCUUCCCAUUUUUCCUCCGAAAUGGACACAGAAAUAGGGGCUUGUCUUCCUCUGGUGCCGUCCCGUCCGGGGAACGCUGUCGUCGACCCGCCGACUUGGCGACCGAAGGCAGAUGCCCAGAAGCGACUCGAACUCCACAGAGCACUCUUCUGGAUUUCUUCAGUCGACAGAGCAGAGAUCAGCAACGCCAGGGAAACCACGCGCCGCGUCGCUCCGCAGGCAAAGAAUCCAGGGAAGGCGCAACAGAAACUUGUGACGGAGCGCCUUGCUCGGCCGCUGCCCAGUGCGCGGACAGCGGCCGUCCUGGAACUCGCGUCUCGUGCAGGUCGUCGACAUGGCGCCUUGUCUCAGCUUCCCAGGAGGUCGUGGAAGUUAUUGAGGUCUCCAGUCACGAUGAAGAGUCGGUUGCUGCGUUGCCGGCCGACGCAAAGUGUCGUGAAGCGACGCACAGGUCGCUAGAACAUGUUGAGGCUUGCCAGCUCGGAAGACGACACAUGAAGCGAACGCGUGGGUGGAGUCUCCACGAGUCAGAAGGCGCAUCGACGGACAUGCACAGGACUGACGAGGGUGGCCGAACGCGUCGCGGCCUCUCAUCUGCAGGCUCCAGAAGAGAAGGCGGUCAUUCUUCCACGUUCUUUGCUCCACCAGAUUCAGACGACUGCCGACCCGUUCCUGCUGCAUCUCAAGUCGUUCCUUCAGAUAUGUGCGGUCGCCGGGAACUCGUGAAGAGCGAUGUUUCUGCCGGGGUGGAAGACAGCGGUAUGGGUGCCUCUCCUGGGGACAGGAAGCGUCUGACUCUUUCUCGUCCUACUCUUUCUUCAGACGGAGGUUCUGUUUCUGCGACGUGUCUGGUGGCGGAGAAGAGCUUGUCACCUGCUCGCUCGCUACCAGCCGUUGACAACCACACGCCAGGCGCUAGAGGGUACGCGGAGUGCGAGAAGCAGCCCAGCGAGCCGUUUUCAGAAGCCUCUGGCGCAGCUCCGCCCUGUGGCUCGGGGCGCUUGGAUGGACGCGAUGAUCCAGCAACGGAGGGGGUACAGAGAAGCGCAGACAGGUCGGCUUCUUUGCAUGCUUUGGAGUGCACAUGUUCCACGCCGAGUUCAGAGAGAACACCCGUGGAGGAGGACGCCUCGGGACGGUGCCCCCCGUGGAUGUGGAAUUACACAGCCCCCGUGUACGCAUGUCUGGAGGCGAGUUGCACUUUCAACUCGCACUUGUUUUCCCGCUCGGAGAAAGGCGACUUGCGGCGUCUAGUGCGACUCCUUGCCCUUCCUAUCGACGUGCCUGACGAGGAGACAGGAGAGCCGAGAGGCGUCGGUGAAACGUCUCCAACGGGUAGGGACGCCGAGGUCGAGGCUUGCGAGACAGUCGGGUCUUGGAAACGGACACCCUGUCAAGCGUUGUCUCCUGGGGCGCGCCUGCUCUUUUGUCGACUCGUGCUUCAGUUCUGCCGGACGCCACGUCGAGAAGUGGACUUCCACAGUUUCGGCCUCAACGACGUCGAAACUCGAGCCAGCGCUGCACAGGCGCAUGCAGCGGACGCAGCGCCUUCCUCUUCCCGACGCUCUGCUUCGCUCCUGGCAUCGCCGUGGCUUCGUCUCGCGCCGCUGCUGAGUCGCAGCCGACGAGAAGUGGCAGAUCCCCAAGCUGCCCUGGAUGAACUGCGUACGUGCGGGCUGUUCACAGUGUGGGACCCCCGCUCCGGUGUACAUACACCUGACGACGGGGCUUGGCUGCGGAGCAGCGGUGGGUUGCCGGCACCCUCGGGGGGCGCCGCGACUCCCGAUGCGGAAAGCGCGCAGGUGAGAAGCGACCUUCGCAGGCUCCGCUGCAGGCCCGACCUUCCAUUGCCUGAGCAAGGCGACCGACUUGACAGGAAGGGUGGGGAUCCGCAGCCAGCUGGAGACAUAACGUCACCUCGAGUGCCAUCAACACGACGCACAUCCACAGGUUCCAGUGGAGAGUCCCACACCAGUUCUUCUCCUGGAUCGUCCCCCGACACAAACGGAUCCGAAGGAGUCACAUGCAUUGGAGGAAGACCGGCGAGCUUCAGCUGGGCUCCACCCGAAUUCCGCGUCCACAGCACUCAGUGUUCUCCCCUCACUUCUAGUGGGGCAUGUCCACGGGAACCGAGAUCCGCCGCGUCCGUUUCCGCGGCGUCUCAGGGCUCGACAUGUUCAAAGACGCAGGGGGUCUCCCGGUGGAGUGCUCAGAGGCGUGCGGCGGCUGCCACUUUGAAAAACAGUCUGAUUGCUGCAUUCGACUGUCUCACGGUUCCUGAACUCCAGCGCAUCGUGGCGGAGGUCGACGCGACGCUUGCGAUUCCAAGCCGAGCUUCGCCUUUCUCUCGGCGCUUUGGCAGCCUCGCCUGCUCGACACUCGCAGCUCAGCUCCGUCGUCUGUUCCCUGCGAGUCGACGAAUGCCCCGAGCGCAGGGAGAUCAGCGCCACACCCGCGUCUUCAAGAGGCGGUCGGACUGCCUCGCGUUUCUCGGCGUCGCUGCAGAGGCAGCGUUUGUUUCGCUUCUCAGGGAGCAAGGCGACGACUCAUGCGUCGAUUUCUCCACUUGGGCGCCGUGUCUGCCUCGACUGGUGCGGACCGGGAAACAGGCCGAGCAGCCAGGUGUGAAAAUGAAGAAACUGACUCACUUCUUCAAGGCCGCGGCUUCUUCAGAGACACUGCAGAGCCGGUCUAGAGUGUCCACCGCCCAGUCCGCCCGCUCCGGUGACAACAGGGUCGCCACACGGUCUGUGUGCCCGCGAGACGCAGCCUCGUCUCGAACCAGUAACGCGACUCGCGACGGCGAAUUCACCUCCGCUGCCGCCGUCGCCUCUGACCCCGCUUCGAGUGUACAUACACCUCAGUGCGGUGGUGCAACCGCGGCAUCGCUCGCAUCCGGCCCUUCGCAGAAUGCCGCUGCCUCGGGAGCUUUUUGGUCGCUAUCUGAUGGCGAGCGUUUUCUCCAAAUGUUGAGAGAAGUUCUUGUGCACUGCGUCGGGCCGCUUGCCUCAUUCCACGACGCGAAGGUGCUGCAUACGUUGUGCGUGGCGUUUUUCGCGUUUCACGUCGUCCACAGCUCCUUUCUGAAUUUCCUGUCUCGUAGCGCCCCUCCCGCCGCAGUGCUCUGGACGUCGCGUUCCCGGUCCGGCCUGCUGCCCUUGACCUUCGACGCAGAGACACCGUCGCGAGAUCGGCGACAGCCUGGUGAAGUUCAGGGCAACGAAGGUCUGAGAAACGAAGCCGAGGAAACGGUUUUCAGCUUGGCGGCAGCCGCCAUCUCUCCCGCAGUGUCGCGACUCGCCGGACUCGUGACCUACCACCUGCAAGCCCAACGCACUGGCGGUCACCCAACGUUCGUCCGAGAGCGAGGAAACGCGACAAGCAACCAUGAGCGACGAACGGACGGUGGAGGAGGCCUCACAAAGGGUCGAACAUCCGUGGACGAACAAGACAGUGGGGAUGGGCAAUGGGACGGUGGACUCGACGAAGAAGGAAGUGGGGACGAUAAAGGCGGCAGUCGCAUUGCUGCAAGAACGGUCACAUCCCAACAGCCAGGAGCCCCGCCUUCACGGAGAGAAGCAGAAAGGCUGUCUUCGACUGAGGGAGAUGCCGUUCUUGCUCGCAGAAAGGACGAGGACGGCGUCGAGCGUGCAGUUUCUUCAGAAUUGCACUUGUGGGGUCGAGUCGGCGAGAAAAGGAUCUGUGAAACAUGUGGCGGGGCAGCGGUGAGGAAGCCGAGACAGCUGGAGGCGCCUCCGCUGCGGUGUCGAUGCAGCUGCUGUGAGUAUGCUAGAGCCCACACACCGAUCUUUGCGUCUCGAGUGUCUCUCUUCGUCUACGCCGCUGCGCUCCUUGAAGAGUGGCGCCUGUCUGCUUUGCUCUGGGGCGGCCUCGUAUUGCCGGCACCAGAGCGUCUGGGAGACUCAAGAGAAACUGCAGUGCUCGCCAUCGUCCAGAACGCCGCGGAGAAGCUCCGCGCCCACGUGGAGCAAGCCGAAGAUCUGUUGAUCAGACACCUGAGCCGAGGGGGCAGGCUGGACUCUGUCGCGUCAAACGCCGAAGGCGGCGUCGAGGAGGGCGGGAAGGUGUGUGCGGUAGCCGAGGACGUGGAGACAGUCUCUUGUUCGUUUUUGGAAAGUCCUUUUUCUCCGAGCGGGUUGAUGGAGUCAACUGCUGAAAUGCCGAACUUUUGUGGAAGGAGACUCGGCGAAGGCGGGGGCUCUCUGGCAGCUGCAGAGCUGCAGCUCGGCGCCGACGUCCCCACAGGAGGGGGCGACGCUUCUUCGCCGCGCCUCAGACGCGCGCUGGAGGUAGCGACUCCGCCGUCAAAGCUUUUUCGCUUCACUCCGCAGUUUGUUUGGGCCAAGACCAUUUCUCACGGCCUCGAACUGGUGGAACAAAGAAAGUGCCACCGCCAGGCAGUCGACCUGCUCAGGCUUCUUCUCCGCCUUCACCGACUUCGGCAGAGCCUGACUCACUGCCUCACCUUCGACCGCGCGCCCUCUGCUGCUCGGCGCCGACGGACAGCCUCGGAGACACGCGGAGGAGACAGCGAAGAGACACCUGGAGACACCGAGGAGACACACCGGGGCGCCGAGAAGAUGGACAGGAACCGAAAAGGAACCUUGCUUCCGCCGGCGGACUCUCCACAGCUCUCCACCGGCAGCGCCAAGUCUCGGCAUGUUGGCAGAGAGAACGUUCGACUGCAGCCGGCUGUGUGUCGCGCGCUGUCUCGACACGCAGGCCAGUGGUACAACCGUCUGAUGGUUCUGCUAAAAGUUCACUUGUCCCGUCCUCUGGAGUCUCUCGUCGUCGCCGUCGAGUGCUUGAGAGAGCCUGAAGGAGCUGUGAGCCUCGCGGAGCGUCUCGCGAUUGGCAAGCGGGCCACAGCGCUAGCCAAGACGCUCGCGCAUGCAGCGGAGAAGGCGAGGAAACAACGCAAGGGGCAAAAAGAUCAAAGGGGGGAAGGACGUCGAGAGACGCGACCAAGAGACGCCACGCAGAGUAGACCUCGUGUCGCACAGAGAGGAAGGCGCGGACAGAAGGUCGAGGUCAAAGACGACGAUGUCGUGGAGAGCGAUGCAGAGACAGAAAAGACAGAAAAGACAGAAGAGACAGAAGAGGUGGGGAAGAGAAGAGAGACAGCAGAGCCUGUCCCCGACUGCUGGGUCGACGUUUUGCGGCUCGUGGGAUUCCCGGGGGAGACAGCUAGCGAGGCGGUGAGUGUCUCUGUUUGUGGGGUGGCGAAGCCCUUUCAGAAAAGAGAUAGCGCGUCCGUUCUUUCUGGAACAGACGCAACCCCACAGCAGAGCGUUUCUCAGAGCCUUCCAUCCCCGCCUGUCAGAAGCAAAGGCACUGCAGAUCCUCGGGCGUCACCGGAAGACAAACGCGAAGAUUCAAAGACACUGACAUGCGUCUCGGGGGAGACGAACGUGCAAGAGCGUCCAACAGGCUACGCCGCGUCGCUGGGCUGGCCUCUGGGCUGGAGCGUUGGAGGCGCUUCGUCGCCUCUCGUGGAGAGUGCAGCGGAAGAUGCGUCUCGCGUGUCUGGGUGGGGUGAGUCUGCGCGUCUCUCCUGGACGAGGUUUUUUCCUCGAGACGUGCAUGCGCGACUUCUCGAGACAGAAGAGCUGCAGAGCCUGAUAGAGAAGGACUUGCCGCACAGCGUCGUCUACGCGAGGCCUCUGCAAGCCAGUCAACAGACAGGGAAAAGCAGCGUCUUUGUUGGGUGGGAUAACCGGCUUUUGAGUGUCGAGGAACUGUGCAUGCAACACUACUCGAUGGCAGGGGACUGGCGCGCCGUCCACGACGAAGGGCGCUGCCUCCGCAUGCUCUUCAGAGUGAUGACGUUCGAUUUAGACGCAAGCGUCGAACAGACGGGGGACCGGGGGUCUGCCGAGAAAGAGGCAGACGCGGAGAAGAGAGGCGGGCCAGCGAACGGGUGCGGCGAAGAGGAGGGUGCCGAAGAAGCGACAGCAGAGAUUUCAGAGGACGAAGCAGGUGUAGAGAAAGCGGAAGACGUUUCAGAGAAAGAGACAGAUCUUUCAGGGGAAACGCAGCGCACACAGAACUCAGCGAACAGAGAGAACGCAAGUCUGCCAGAGGCAUCCCGAAGUCGAGAAACAAAAGAGGAGGAAAGAAACGAAGAAGCGAGAGGAGCUUCAGAGGUUUCGCGACACGGCUUGCCUCUGAGGGAGGAAGCGAAGAGUAAGCGAGAAGGCGAGAUGCGGUGCCCUAGAUGCGUCUCAGACGACGCUGUGGAGAAGGCAGUCACUGACAACGAGGAGCGAGGCGACGGGAACUUCGGAGAAGAGAAGGGAGAAGACGGCCAGCCGUUUGUGGAGAUUGUCUUUUUGCCUCUAUCAGAGCCGACGGCACCUUCGUCGAUCGAUGGCGGAGAGGCCGCAGGAAAGGGCGAGAAGUCCUUCGCAGAGCCGACUUCUGGGGGGUUUGAACGGAGGCCGGGGGAGAGCGCGGAGAGAAUCGGGCGAGAAGAAGAGCGCAUCCUAGGUCGCGAAGCGGAAGAGAGUUCGAGUCCGUUCUCGUGUCGACCUGGAGACGCUAUGAGCAGAGAAGCAAAGAUGCAGAAGUUCUUGGAACAGCUCGCAAAGGCGUCGAGACUGCAAGUCGCGGAAGCUGUGCGACGCACUGUCCGGCGUAUGUACGGCAUGCGCUUGCCAGGCCUCAGCUGGCGGGGCGUGUGGCAGGGGCGAGAAGAAGACGGAGAAGAAGAAAGAGCAGAAGAAAAAGAAGGAGACGCAAAAGGAGGAGAAGAAAAAACGGAAGCCGAAAAGGGAGCAAAGGCGGAAGAAGCAGAGGAAGAAGAUGAAGAACCUGAAGGUGGCGGGUCAAAUGAAGACGUGCGAGAAGCCGCGCAUCUCUCUGCCGUACGCAGCGAUGUAGCAGACGAACAAGCGCAGGUUCUGGCCGGGGAUGCAGAAAUCCGAGAAAGUUUGCCAAAGACGCCGUGGCAUGAAGCCGUGAAUUCGCAGAGCGAACGUCGCGAAGGACAGAAAGAGAAUUCGAACCCGGAAGCUCAUCCCGAGGAGUCUUGCGACCCCACAGAGAAGAAAGCGAAGUCGGCGCGAACUCCAGGGGAGGCGCCAGUGCGUGCAAGAGAGAAGGAGAGAGAUCAGAAAAAAACAAAGGAGAAGAACGUGGACGAGAGAGACACUCGCAUCAAGCAGAGAGAGAGCGCAAAGGAAGCGUGUGCAGGUUUUUUUUCUAUGCUCGCGUACGGUGUCGGCGGCAGAGGUUUGAGUGAAGCUUUUCGACUUUUCUCUGAGGACUUUUCUUACUGGGGUGGAGGACUUCCGGACCUCCUUCUGUGGCGGAACUCGGAUGCAAAGUCGAGGACAAGACCUAGUGCUGCGAUCCCGCCCUGUGAGGAAAAGAGAGAAGAACUCGAGCCUUUGGAGAGGAGCAGCGACUCCAGGAACGGAGGCGAGAUGGAUCCUGAAAUCUUGUUUGCGGAGGUGAAAGGUCCCCGAGAUCGACUUUCGGAAAAACAAAGGUAUUGGCUGGCGCAUCUCCUCCGAGCGGGAGUGCCUUGCGAGAUGUGCAAAGUCCUUCCCCCGGCACUGGCUUCGGAGUCGAGUUGGGGGGCACCUUCUUCAGCCGUUUCCUGUGGAGAAAACGCGCUGUCGCUGAGUGCGCAAGAGGCGAGGGGAACAGAAGAAGACGGAGGGCCUGUCCCGCGCGAACGCAGACACGGGGAGGCUCCAGAACAGGAGGCGAGUGUGUCGACUUUCUCUGACGAAGACGAAGACGAAGACUGGGAGAGGAAACAAGAAGUCCCCGGGUGUCCGGGCGCCGGUUUACGGCGAAGAAAACGAAGUCGGGAGAACAGAGAAGAAGCAGCAGAAAACAGUCAGAGACAAGAGGACAAAGAAAAGGGUCGUAAGCAGGAACCGGGAGAGACACUGUUUCCUGUGGAGAAAGAAGCGACAGAGACGAAACGAAUGGCUGCGUGUGAAACGCGGAGAACAGGUGUGGAUGCCCAGAGACGUCAGAGCAAACGUGGCGGAAGAAAGCUUGCUUCUUCGCAGGUCCGAGAGGCGCAGCUCUCGAAGUUCUCUGAAUCUGACGUUGAGACUGCAAGGGCGAAUGACGUAAAAAAAGAUCAGAAGCGACAAAGAACAGGACUGUCACGCGUUCGCCUCAGAGUCGAAUGGGAGGAACAUGACGCAGACAAAGUUGAAGCACUUUGCCGGAGAACUCGGAAAAACCUGUAAAUGUUGAUUUUUAAAAGGCCGCGAAAAACAUAGCCUCGUCCACUUUUUAAAACAAGAUGUAUUCAGGGACACAAACAUACAUAUAUGCAUACUAGGAAUCUAGUAUCUAGCUGUCGAUAUACAGAACGAAGACCGUCAAGAUUUAAACGAUCAGCCCAGAUCGUUGUAUAUACGCCAGGGGAAAAGCGUCGUUUUGGAAAAUGGCUUUUCAUUUGUGAAUGAUAUACACAAGUCGACUGGAAACCUAAUCCUAACAAUGAGAGAAGGAUGAGAUCUCCACCUGUUAAAACAAUGCAUAUAUCUAUAUAUAUGUUUAUGUGCAAGAACAUAGUAUUGUGAUUUGGAUGUAGAUGUAACUAUAUAUAUAGAUAUAGAUAUAGAUAAUAAUCUAGUAAUUAGAUGUAGAUAUGACUGUGAAGGAUGGGAGAGUAGCGAUGAGUAGGCUGGGAGACAGUGAGGGGAAAAGGAAAUCUAUACCUGCAGGGUUGUCAAAAACAGGCAUCUGCGUGCGAUAAGUGAUUUGUGAGGCUGCAAAGGGCGAGAUAAAAUGCAGUCGACUCCCUUUGAGGCUAGUGUCGGGAUCGACUGUGUGGCUUUUGUAAAUCUGGGCAAACGAGCUGCUUUGCGUGAGAUCUGCAAGGAGAACAGAAAAGGUUGGGUCGGGACCACUGACGCUUUUAUUUCUACCGUUUGUCGGGCCAGUGCGGCUGUUGAUCCUCGGUGCCUUUCCGCUGUGUAUGGAACCUUCCGUCAAAGGAACUCUGCUGAAAAACCUCAUCAUCUCUUUCACCAAGGAAGCGGGACAGUGUCACGCACGCGUUUCCCUAAAAUACUAAGGCACUUUGUCUUGGCGUCCUGCAAGCAAUACUUCACUGCCCAGAAAGGAGACACCUAUGAAGUUCCAGUCCAUGCAAGGCUGUCUACACAUGUGCGUUGGUCGAACACCGAGGCUCCCUCUGCCUCAGUUGUACGGCAAAGAGUCGUGAGGGUCUGGGAUUUUUCGUCAGAGUGAACGCGUGCGUCUGUUGCCACACUCCCCGGUGACCCGAACGUGUCCGGCCUCGCAGAACGUCCUCUUUUUCGCGGCUCUAAAGUGAUUUCGAGGGAACGACCUGCCUGAGUUGCUUCUUGGAAAGGAAGGCUGCUGCCCUCGCCCUCUCGCAAAAGGCUGCCUGACGGAAAACUCCGUGAUCCCCCCCCCCCCGGCCGCUGUUAUCCUCUGUGUGAGGGCAAAUGUGGACGGUGUGAAACGCAGGAGCCGUCACACGUGCGAAUCUCUCAAGUGAAAGCGCUCGUGCGUGGAAAGGCUCAACCGUACGCAGGCAGAUGAGUAGAGAAUCUUGGCGAGCCUGCGGAGGCUCAUAAACGCGACAGAACAAUUCAAGUUUCGGAUGCGGAUCCCCGCCAGAUUCCGUAUGUAAUCUUGGUGACGGGGCUCCAGUCGAAUUGGAUGGUUUUACGCGGACCGGAUUGUGUACACAUGUAACGAAUUGCGUUCAUCAACACGAAAGGAGUGCCCGAAAUCGGGGCGCUGAUCACGGUCCUGGACGCAAGCAAGUGCCUGGACCCAGAAACUGCCGUG